AUGCAGCAACCGAGCACCUUUUUGAUGCCUCGCAACAUGGCUCCCGCACUCAUGUCUUCGAGAGCCGACAUCGUGGAAUAUCGGGUAGAGGAUGCUUCCCCCGUUGACCCCGAUAGUCCACCUGGCUAUGUCGAGCGUUUCAUCCACAGUGAGAUAUACAAACGCUACCCGGAGAUUCAUAGCGUGGUCCACAGCCACUCACCCGCCCUUCUUCCAUUCACCAUUACAGGUGUUGAACUACGUCCAUGCGUACAUAUGGGAGGCUUUCUAGGAAACCGUGUCCCCAAGUUCGACAUUGCAGAGUUUUAUUCAGAAGAGGAUGUCCGCGAUCUCCUGAUCAGAAACCAACGGCUAGGGAAACAUCUAUCGGCGUGCUUCUCGGAGGGCAGCGGAAACUCUUCCCACUCGGUAGUUCUGAUGCGAGGGCACGGCUUUACUGUUGUUGGUGGGGGAAUUGAAGAGAGUGUUUUUAGAGCCAUCUAUACGGCUGAGAAUGCGCGGGUGCAAACUGCUUCUCUCACCCUUCAACUCGCUGCCGGCACUGCACCAUUGAAGGAUAGUGAGGCAUUGUAUUAUUUGCAAGACUCGGAGCUGUUCGCUGCAACGCAGAUGACGCGAUGGUCAGUCAUGAGACCGUGGAAUUUGUGGGUCCGCGAAACUCAGGCAAAUAAACUGUACAUAAAUAAUGCCUAG